AUGUCACGCAUAAUGGCGUACUUAGAGCAACUUGUUACUCGGAAACGCGGAGCAUUGCUGACUGCAAGAUGCAUAGUUACGGAACUCUUCUCAAACUGCCGUGUUGAGCCUCAUCCGCCGUCACUCCACUUAAUACAUCGGCGUAAUCUUGCUACUCCACAGUCCCAACAAACGGCUGUGCUCACCGAAGAUGGCCCCGCCACCUUCACAUCGGUAAGAAAUCAGCAGGCUUUCCACGAGGCAUUCACAGCACACCGCACCGAUACGCCAAAAUGCAGCGAAUCUUCGCUGACGAACUCAAUAAUACCUAGCUCUGAUCAGCCCUCACAAGCCCCCCGAGAGUCGGCUCACCGGAGGAAGACAGCCCCGCACAUCGGACCGGCCCCACAGCGGAUGCCCUCUCCGGCCAUCACUGCUAUCGUCCAGAGUGGGUUCGUUCCAAAGCCACUCACCGCCGCCGACCUCAGACAUUUCCGCACAUGCUCAUCACCGAUUCGUGAUCGCCCGCAAUCCCACCCGGUACAGAAUUUCCGAGCUUUUGCCGGCUGCUGGGACUGUAUUCUCGACUUCGAUCAUCUUAAAGUCGUGAUGCUCCGCGCAUCUCGUACGACCGUCCAACAUCGGUUGUCUGUACAUCAACGUCGCGGCAUCUCAUCAAACCAGCCAGGGCUCACGAUGGACGAGAAAGUUACCCAAUUGCCUGUCCUAGACGGGGAAGAGGGCACAGAUGUACCUCCAAUUACUACUCAUGAGGAGACUAGAGAGCGUUGGAACGGGACCCGCGUCAAUACUUACCGCUUCUUCGUAACCUGUUGGAGCUUCAUCAUCAUGGGCAUGAAUGACGCCGCCGUCGGUGCUCUGAUCCCUUAUAUAGAAACGUACUACAACAUCACAUAUACCAUCGUCGCCCUACUCUUUCUCUCGCCAUUCAUUGGCUACCUGGUGGCAGCCCUAUCCAACAACCUCAUACAUCACAAGCUCGGUCAGCGAGGCGUUGCAGUACUCGGCCCUAUCAGCCGCAUGAUCGGUUACAUCCCUCUUGUCUCACAUCCGCCUUACCCAGUCCUCCCUGUCGUCUUGCUAUUCGCAGGCUUCGGAAACGGCCUCGAAGAUAGCGCCUGGAACGCAUGGGUCGGCAAUAUGCAAAACGCCAACGAGCUGCUUGGGUUUCUUCACGGUGCAUAUGGACUGGGCGCGAGCAUCGGCCCUCUGGUCGCCUCCGCUAUGGUGACUAAGGGCAAGCUGCCGUGGUACUCCUUCUACUAUGUCAUGAUUGGCGUCACCGCGGUGAACUUCGUGGCCGCCAUCACGGCGUUCUGGGGCGCCACUGGCAAGAUACACAGGGAAACCCACCAGUCUUCGACGGGGGAGAAGAGGACGACAACUAUGACUGUGGUGCGUCAACCACUGACCUGGCUUCUGGCUUUGUUUCUGUUGGGCUAUGUCGGAGCAGAAGUCAGCCUGGGCGGGUGGGUUGUUACCUUCAUGCUUCGCGUAAGGCACGCUGAGCCCUUCUUGGCUGGCGUCACCGUGGUGCUGUUCUGGCUGGGACUGACGAUAGGACGAGUCAUUUUGGGCUUCAUAACGGGGCGCAUAGGAGAGAAGCGCGCGAUCGCCAUCUACCUUGUCAUCUCACUCGUUCUCGAACUGCUCUACUGGCUCGUUCCCAAUUUUGUCGCCUCCGUCAUCUUCAUUACGUUCCUCGGCUUCUUUCUCGGCCCUCUUUUCCCCGCCGUGAUCGUUACCGCAACCAAACUACUCCCCAACGACUACCAUGUGGGCGUGAUUGGAUUUGCGGCUGCCUUUGGUGGCGGCGGCGCAGCGAUCUUCCCAUUUGCCAUCGGGGCCAUCGCCCAGAGCAAAGGCGUCCAGGUGCUACAGCCAAUAAUCCUGGCCCUUCUAAUAUUUCUUCUACUAUUGUGGCUUUGUGUUCCUGGGGGAUUCAAGAGAGGCGGACUCGAGAGGGCACGAGAGAAUAAGGAGGGCCUUGGUAGCGAUUUCAAGAGUCUAUUUGCGUCGAUGAAGCGACUGCUUCGAGGCCGAAGCUAA